ACUUUAUUUGAACACGUGGAAGUCUGCGGUGGACUGAAACCCGGCUUAAUUUCUAUUUUACAGUGCUAAGUGGGUUCCCAGUCAGUCGGUCACAAUGGUUAAACCACAGUUCAAGGGGAAAAGCUCCAUAAAUCCCUCAAACUCCAGCAGCAAUCCCGACCGAGUUAAGGGAGCUGGAGGAAACAACAUGAGGGACCGCGCCACCAUCAAACGCUUGAAUAUGUACAGACAGAAGCAGAGAUGCAACAGUCGUGGUAAGGUGAUCAAGCCCUUGCAGUACCAGAACACAGUUGCUCCUGGGACUGUUGCCAGAGUUGAGCCCAACAUCAAGUGGUUUGCCAAUACACGUGUCAUCAAGCAGACAUCCUUGCAGAAAUUCCAGGAUGAGAUGAACGCAAUAAAGAAAGAUCCUUACCGAGUAGUGAUGAGACAGAGCAAGCUACCCAUGUCCUUGCUGCAUGACCGAAUCAAAGCACAUAACUCCAAGGUGCACAUUCUGGACACAGAGACGUUCGAGACAACGUUCGGGCCAAAGGCACAAAGAAAGAGGCCCAACUUGACUGUGGGGGAGUUGAAGGAUUUUGCUGAGCAGGCAGAGGUCUUAGCUCAGGGCUACAGUGCUGAGAAAGACCGUGAUCUGGUGACUGAGGACAGUGGAGUGAGGGAUGAGGCUCGAGAGGAAAUCUUCAAGAAGGGGCAGUCAAAGAGGAUUUGGGGUGAGCUUUAUAAGGUGAUCGACUCCUCAGAUGUUAUUAUUCAGGUAUUGGAUGCUCGGGACCCCAUGGGCACCCGUUCUCAGAGCAUUGAGUCCUACCUGAAGAAAGAGAAGCCUUGGAAACACCUCAUCUUUGUGCUCAAUAAGUGUGACCUCAUUCCCACUUGGGUCACGAAACGCUGGGUUGCGGUGCUUUCACAGGAAUACCCCACUCUGGCCUUUCACGCCAGCCUUACCAACUCCUUUGGUAAGGGCUCCCUUAUUCAGCUUCUGCGGCAGUUUGGCAAGCUUCACUCAGACAAAAAGCAGAUCAGUGUUGGCUUCAUUGGUUACCCCAACGUUGGAAAGAGCUCUGUUAUCAAUACUCUGCGCUCCAAAAAAGUCUGCAAUGUAGCACCCCUUGCUGGAGAGACUAAGGUCUGGCAGUAUAUCACACUAAUGAGACGCAUUUUCUUGAUUGACUGCCCUGGGGUCGUCUAUCCCUCCGAGGACAGUGAGACUGACAUUGUGCUGAAGGGAGUGGUCCAAGUGGAGAAGAUCCGAAACCCAGAGGAUCACAUCGGAGCGGUGCUAGAGAGGGCAAAAGCAGAGUACAUCCAGAAGACAUACCGCAUUCCGUCCUGGAGCUCCGCCGAGGACUUCCUGGAAAAGCUGGCCUUUCGCACCGGAAAACUGCUUAAGGGUGGAGAGCCAGACCUGUCUACUGUCUCUAAAAUGGUUUUGAAUGAUUGGCAGAGGGCACGCAUCCCCUUUUUCGUGAAGCCCCCUGGAGGCGAGAUGGAGGAAGAGAGCAAAGCACAAUCACAGCUGGAAGCACCUGAGAUGGAAAUGGCAAAGAUGGAGUUUGAAAACAGACUUGAUGCUCAGAACAUGGAGGGGGAAUCAUCCAGCGAACAGGACGUACAACAGCUGCUGAAACAGGAGGAGAUGCAGAAAAUCUUUGUCAGCGUCAAGCAGAACUUUGGCAAAAUAAACGUUGCCCCAGAGUUCAGUGAGGAGGACCUUGUUCCUGUCGAAAUGCCCGACAUACUGGAUCCCUCAGGGUCAGAAGAUGAGAAAGAUGAGGAAAGUGAGGAGGAAGAGGACAAAGAACAAAUGGAUGAGCAGAAUGGAGAACAACAGGACGAAAAAUCCUCUGCGACCGGACCCCAAACCAAGGAAGAGAGCAAGAGCACACGUGAAGUGAAUAAAGAGCUAGAUGAGAAGAUCUCCAAAUUAAAGCAAUUUCUUGAUCGAGCCAAAUCGAAGCGCUUCUCUGCCAUACGCAUCCCCAAAGGCCUUUCUGACAAAGUAUUCACUGAAACCAAAGCAAAACAGAAUGGUGCAAAGAAUAUGCAACAGAAAGCAACACAGUUGGGCAGAAAGAGGAAAGCUUUGGAAGAUGAGGAGCCUGCACAGCCUACCAAGCUCACAUCUAAAGAGAAAAGAAGACUGGAGCGUGCCCACAGAGUGAAGAAAGUGGGCGUUCGCUAUUAUGAGACACACAAUGUCAAGAACAAGAAUAAGAACCGAAAAAUGCCCUCAGAUGGCAAGAGAGCCAAACGAGCCAAGUGAUGAGAACUGGUCCAAUACCCCGUCACAUUAAUUACCAUUUCCAUAGUCAUGUUGGUGGCUAAAUUGGAACAUUUGGAUGUCAAUUGCAGUGAUUUUUAUAAAGGUGAAGGUCUGUGAUCCGUUCCAAUGCACUUUAUGGACACUGUGGCACCAGCCAUCCUUGUGAACAUGACAAAAGUCUACGACAACUGCAUUUAGCACUGCAUUUACAAGGUUUUUAACUGAAAUGAUUAUUCCAGGUUCAAUACAAUUUAAGCUCAAUCGACAGCAUUUGUGGCAUAAUGUUGAUUGUCACAAAAAUUUACUUCAACUUGUCCCGCCUCUGGGUUACAGUGAGGCACUUACAAUGGAAGUAAAUUGGGGCCAUCUUGUAAACAUUAAAAUACUCGCUGUUUCAAAAGUAUAGCCACAAAACUUAAACAAAAUGCAUGUUAACAUAAUUUUAGUGUGAUAAAAGCGCUUACUAACCUUUUCCGUGUAAUAUUAAAUCUAAGUUUAAACAGAAGAAUUAAUGUAAGUGCUUUAAUAAAAUUACAUGCUUCACAUUUCUGCCUUUUUAAACCCUCCAAAAAUUGUCCCCAUUCACUUCCAUUCUAAGUGCCUCACUUAACCUUGUUUCUUUUUUUUUUUUUUUUUUUUUUACAUUUGGAAUGCCCAAUUCCCAAUAACCUAGUUUUUUUUUUUUUUUUUCCUUUUUGCUUUUCUUUUUUUAAGGUUGGAAGAGUCAAAACCAUUUUUUGUGAUAAUCAACAUUAUGCUGUAAAUGCUGUCGAUUGAGCUUAAUUUUAUUGCACCUGGAAUAUUCCAUUAAGAGAAUGUCCUGAUUUAGCAGUAUUAAAAUGGAUCAUG